AUGGCAGUAGCCGGAUCAGCUUGUGCUCGUGCAUUUGUAGCAGAAGGCGUUCACCUCGCACUCACAUAUUCCACAUCCAAAGACGCAAUUGAUAACCUCCUGAAUGAAUUACGUCAUACAGCUUCUGGGAAAGAUCUUCGCAUCUCAAUUCAUCAAGUCGAUAUGGGGUCCCCGGAGCAGAUAUCUGGUCUCUUUCAAGAAAUUAAACGUGACCAUAAUGGACGGAAUGUAGAUAUCUUAGUAUCAAAUGCGGGGUAUGGUAAGAGAAUAGUUGACAUAUCCGAUAUUCCUUUAGAGGAAUUCGAAUAUACGCUUAAUAUCAACUUGAGAGCAUCGUUCUUGUUGGUUAAAGGUGUUGUCGAAGGAAUGAAGGCACAGAAGUGGGGGAGAAUUAUAUUCAUCUCGAGUAUAGCUGCCUACGGGGCUGGGAUCAAUGGCUGUCAUUAUGCUGCAUCAAAAGGUGGCCUCACGUCGAUGAUGAAGAAUUUAUCACUUCAUCUUGCCGAGUACAAGAUUACAGUCAAUGAUGUCGCUCCAGCGAUGAUUGGCAAUACAGGCAUGAUUCCCAACGCCAAUGUUGCCCCUGGAUUACUUGACAUGAUUCCACUGCAUCGGUUGGGCACUCCGGAAGAAUGUUCGAAUGCAGUUAUGAUGUUUGCCAAGACUGGAUAUGCAACCGGUCAAAAUCUUUACUUGGAUUGUGCAAUUAAACCGUUUGACUUGUGGUUUUCGAAUGCUAAGGAAAAAAAAGCAGCCAUGGAUACUCCAACUAUUCUCAAAAAGUACACACCAGACCUCCAUCGCUAUGAAACUAUCUACAAACAUCUCCACCAAAACCCGGGAUUGUCACUCCAAGAAGAUUUGGCUGCUAGAAUGGCAGCCACAUUUCUCGAAAAUCUUAUAGGCUUUGAUGUCCGUACUGACAUCGGUGGCAGAGGUCUGAUUGGGAUUCUGGAGAAUGACUCUGGACUUACAGUUCUCCUUCGCGCUGAUACAGAUGCAUUGCCUGUCAAGGAAUUGACUAGUCUACCAUGUGCUAGCACCAAACGGGAAGUUGAUAUUGAAGAUGGCAUUGAAAAAUACGUGAUGCAUGCUUGUGGACACGAUAUGCAUAUAGUAUGGAUCAUCAGCAGAGAAGCAAACCCGCAAGAUGCGGCUGUAAUAACAGUAGGCAGCGUCAUCGCGGGAAUGACGGAAAAUAUCAUUGCGGAUGAAGCUGCCUUGAAGAUAAAUGUGAGGAACUUUAACCCAGGAACAAGGGAAAAAGUUUUGAAAUCGAUCAAGAGAAUCGUAAAAGCGGAGUGCGAUGCUUCAAAUGCUACGAAAGAGCCCCUCUUUGAGCCGACGAGCAAUUUCCCUUUCUUGAUAAAUGAUGAAUCUAUUACCCAGAAGCUCUCAGAUAGUUUUGAUCAAGUGUUUGGAGAAAACCAUAUUCAAAACUGCGCACCUUUAGGAGGAUCUGAAGAUUUUGGGAUUUUGGCAUCAGAAGCACCGAACAAAGAGGGCGGAAAAGGAGUUCCCUCGUGUUAUUGGCUCUUUGGUGGUACAGAUCCUGAGCUCAUUAGGAAAGCCCAGGAAACGGGAAGGAUGGAAGAUGUGCCAAUCAAUCAUGGUCCAUUGUUUUUGCCGGUAAUACAACCAACCCUUAAGACGGGAGUGGAGAUUUUGGUUACAGGAGCGUUGACCUUUCUCAAAAAACGUUAA